UAGCCGCAUGUUCACUGAUGCGAUUAAUGCCUGUUAGAAUUUUACAAAAUAAAAAAUACGGAAAUUACGGAAGGUACUUUAGUGCAAAGUAAAUUAUUGUAUACUUAAUUAUAAUAUUAUUGGUAAAAGUGAUACUUUUUGAAAAUUCCGUAACAAAUACACGGGUUCGCCAAAUUCAAUUGUAAAAAAAAAUACAAAAAGUAAAAACAAUUAAAACAUGCAGUUGGGUUUGAACCGUGAACUUUAUGAAUGGCGGCUACUGCUUUACCAAAUGCGCCAUUUAGAAGUUGGAAGUAGACUUCAAAUUAUGCAUCUCUUUUAAUAGCUAACCUAGUUCGCAUGUGUGUGUGACAGCUUCGUGUUUGUACACAAAUUGAAAUGACACCAACUUUUGAUGCAAUGUUUCAAUAUGAUAUCUUCAGUAAAUACUUCAAAAUUGUAGCUUAACUUAAAGAUAAUGUAUGUAAGAUUUCGCCACCUAACAUUUCACUGGGUCAGAACUCAACACUAAACGAAUAAAUGGAAAAAAAUACGAAAACUGCAGAAGUAACGCCAUCUACUGACGCAGCGUUACCUAGCUGACUGAAACACAUCACCUUAAAACUAUUAGAAGAAUUUUCAUGUUUGUUUAUGAAAGCCACUUUUGAGAGACCAGUGAUAUUUUGUGUUUAUUUAUUAUGACAUCGACUUGACAUUGACACAAACUGGCAAAAAUAUCCAAUUUGUGAUUUCUUCUCGUCAUUUAGCAUUCUACUAACAAAAUGAAAUACAAAAAUGCAAAUACAAUGCAUCAAUUUAUUUUAUUACUCUUUUCUACAUUAAACUUAUGUUGUGCUAACUAUUUAGCGGAUGUUGACGAUGGUUUUAUAGAAGAUUUAACAACCUCCUUCAGAAUCAACGAAGGUUCUCGGACCACUUUUCAUAUUCCCGACGAGAAAUGGGUUUCGGCAGCAUUGAAGGACAUAGCUUACUAUCUACGCAAUUACAAGUAUAAUGAAUGGGAUCGAAGGUAUCAUAAGGAUAAACCAGAGAAUAUAGGCUAUUUUGAUGUGUUUCCUGUACCUCCCCUGAAGUCUUUACAUUGGCAAGUUUACGAAAACUGUGCAGAUAAUUUCUACAAGUGUAUCGUCUACCUCCACAGCAUCAUUACAUCAGCUCCUUUUACUAGGAGUGCUGAUACAGUCAUGGCUUUAGAUUUUUCUAUGUCACCAGAUGAAAAUUUUGAAUCAGUAAAAUUUUUGGAAGAGGAUAUUUGCAAAAAAGGACUUCUUAGUUCAGAAAAAAGCGGUUUACCCUUCGAAAACGUUUUAGAAAGAUUUGAGUGGCGAACAACUGCUUCCUACUAUAUGUGUUGGUACACCAUGCUGGGUAUACCAGAUUUAUCAAUGAUAGGAGAAUCAUGCGAUAAUUUUGCUAAUUGUAUACAACCUGUCAGUUACCAUAACCAUGAUAUAAGAGCUGAUGACAGGCAAUCUUUUGCAUGUGCAAUGCACAGUUUUUGUCCGGAUCCUUGUUGUCCUAUUAAAUAUUUGAAAAACAAAGCACAGUGUUAUGCAGCAAAAGUAAACCCUUGUUAUCUGGAGAAUGCAGAUGAUCCUUCAGAACGGCAAUGUACGCUACACCGCGGUGAAAAUCUGAACCUUAAAGAUAUUGUACUAAAUCGAUGGAAUAUUACAUGUCACUGCAAAGAACCUGGUUUUAAGUGGAGCUCUCGUCAUGGAAUGUGUGUCGAUGUCAAUGAAUGUUCCACAGGUGAACACAACUGUGACUUGAUGUGGCAUGAUUGUUUGAACUUACCCGGGUCCUAUCAAUGUGUCUGUAAAUUUGGUCUGCAGUAUGACAAAAAGAAUAAGAAAAAAUGUGUUAUUUCAGAAUUGACCCUUGAACCAGAAAGUUAUGUGUUUUAUAAUGAGAAUAAAAGUGGUUGGUUUGAAAGAUUUAUAAGCUAUAUUCUUAACUUACUUAAGUAAAACUAGGAAUUUAUAUUGUUGAAAUUUUAUUUUAAGAUAGUUGUGCAGUUCUGUGGUUAAAGACAGCGAUUAACGUGUAUAAAUACUAAAUACGUUACCAAACUUUCAAUCUAUAAAUAUUUUAAGUAUAACCGCCUGUAACAUCCGUAAAACUUACAUCUACUUUUGUAAGAUCACGUUAAAGCCAUCAAAUGGAAAUAGAAUCCAUAAAACCCAAUGUCGAGAAGGUCAUUGGCAUGAGUCACAGAAUAAGAUCGAUUUAUUUGUAACAGUUGAUAAAGGUGACAGAAUUAAAGGCGUUAAAAAGAAUUGUACAACUUCUCUGCAUUCCUCAAACGCGUGUUGUUCAUAUUAUGUUUAUAUCUAUUCGUAGUGAUGCACUGACAACAAAGUCUACAUAGAUUUUAGUUUUUUUACUAGAAAUAUUUUUGAAAAGUGAAAGAGAAAAUAAUAAUUUGCUAAGUGUAGGUAUCAUAAAAUACUUAUUCAUAACAAAAAAAAUAUAUAAUACCAACGCAUCCUAAAUAUUGAACUACUGUUCUGUAUUAUUAAUUACAUUAUUCCCUUCAAUUUUACCGUUACGUUUAACAUCAGUUAACAGGUUACAUCAUUACGAAAAGCACGUGUUAACUGCUCUACUUUCAGAAAGUGUGACGUUAGGCCUAUUUCUAGUACUCUCACUAUUUUCAACACCGUCACCCAUUAUUUUAAGAGUAUCUCGUGAAUUCUUAAGUUUAUCUUCGACAUUGGCACAAAAAUUCGCCUUCCUCUGACGUCAUUAUUUAGCCGAUGUUUUAUCAUUACCAGGCUACAUCUCAGGACUAUCAACAUAUUCAAUUGACGUGCGAUGUGUAUCAAAAAUAUUUGCCCUAAUUUGUUGACCUUCAGUUUGUACAUUUUCAUAUUGAUUGAUAAGUUAAUAGCCAUCUGGAGAGAAGGUAACGAAAGUUACGUCUAGUCGUCUAUGUAUAGAUAGAUAUAACUGGCCGAACUAAAUAUAAUUCUCAAAGCAUUCGGAACGUCAGUCCCCAGUUGUUGGAAGCACGCGACUGUUGUCGGGUAUUUUUACGUUUCCCAUCCGAAAUGUUUCAGUUUGUAUUGAUUUUACAUCGGCGACGUGCUUAGAUAUUUGUGCAUGACGUAAUUUUAGUACAGUGCAUGCGCGAAUAAGAAUUUGGCGACAAAACCGGGUCACGAAGACUGAAGUUCAAGAUCUUUCGAUAGUGCUCUUGUUUUUUUAUUCGCCAUGG